AUGUUCGAGCGGCGGGGGGAGGGGAUUUAUAUAGUCCAGAAAGCGGCGACGUUGCGAUCGGAGACUGGCGCUAAACUCUACAGGGCAAUUCCCCAUGAUACGGUAUACCUAGGGCCAAUUAUUGUUGUAUUUGACCCUGUUGCUUUUCGAUACCUGGAGGAGGACCCGUCUACAAUAGUGUUGGACCGGCGACGUACCUUGACGGGCUAUGAAAUCUACAUUGUUGAGCAAUGGGCGUGCUCAAGGGUCCAUCCUACCUUCGUCAUCAACACAUACACGGGCGAUCCCUCAAACACUGCGAUAGUAGCUGUACUUAGUAUUCCAACGGAUGAAAAUGCGUGGUCCCCCCGAUUGAAAGUUUACUUCGAUGCUGUUGCCCAAUUUCAUUCGCGAAAACGAGAAACUCCGCUUGGUAUUUUGAUGGUGACGAAUCUGAGCAGUUUUCCCUCUGCAUUGACUGUAAUUCUCGUACCCCAUGGCGAUGUGAAGAGACAUAGAGAAGAUUUCGUUGUGAACGAGAAUCUGAAACGCCUUGGAUGUUCGGGACGAGCUGGUAUGAAUCUCAAACAGCCUAGUGCCGCUACGCAAGCCAAAUUCCACCAAUUAUACAGGACGAGCGAACGAGUGCCGUUAUAUUCGGCAGUCAUGGAGCUGGUAAAACAAUGCCAGAUGGCGUUGAUGAUUUUUGAUAAGCUCGCCCCUGAGUACGCGGAUGGUUUACUCUGUGACGUGACAGAGAAAGCCAUAAACGACUGGUGGACUGACAUUGGAACCGACUUUUUCAACAUCGAGCCAAGCGAUGGAAUCCUAGGUCCAACGACGGUGUCUGCCUUACUUGGGACGGUGAUGGGGGCGAGGAACCGUCUUCAUGCAUAUGGUGCUCCAGUUUCCAAGGACGUUUUUGAUGUGGCGACUUUAAAACGAGGAAUAGAGAGCUUUCAGAAAUCCCAGAAACUUGAUAGAACUCGCAGGCUCGACCGACAGACUCUGGAUCGACUUCAUCGGGUCACUACAAAGGUUGCCAGUGGUGAUGGCUGGAAUGUUCCUCGCGCAGUAAAAUCUACUGUUGCAGAGUUAGGAGGCAAAGGCGGCGAGAUGGUCAUUGGAAUGGUUGCCGGACGUGCCAAAGCUGGCAUCGCAGAAAUUGAAACCAUUGACAUGGACCGAUUUGUUCAGUUGGUUAGUGGCGAACGGCCGAAAUGGCUCUGGCAUGGGAAGCCACGCAAAACUGGAAGCGAUAUUUUCCGCCAUGCUACUGGCGACGAUUCGAUGGUUUUUACGAAUGAUGACCGUGGUGGAUAUAAAUGGACUAGUAGAAAAAGGGAUGCUGCAUCUGAUCAGACUUCUGGUCGCCAUAGUCUCGAAACUGAAUGUUCUGGAAGACCGAUUGAGUUUCCAGGUACCUUUUUGGAUGAUAGGGAGCCGCAAUUAAAGGGUGCUAUAAAACGCUCCGUCACUGGCAAAGUAUCAGAUGCCCGUGCAGGAUUUGCAGAUGGGGGACCUUUAUCUAAUGACGAGCACUCAACUACUAGUGAAUCAGAACCCAGCGAGGAAGCUGAGGUAUCCGCAGGAGAAGAAAAAACUGCGCUCGAAAACGUUGAUGCAUUACCAGAGGCAAAAGGAGCCACCCUACCCUCCAACAUACCCCUUCGACGGCCACGAAGCCAUUGUAUACUUCCUACCGAAUCCUUGGAGGAUCAACGUAAUUGCCGUUGGCCUCGCCACCUGUCUUUCAGCGCUGUAGAAGAUACGAUCCUUUGCUGGGAAAAUAUCACAGAUUGGGCAGCAAGACCAGACACAAAAAAAAUGGCCCCCGCAGAUGCGAUGUUGUGGGAGGACAUCUUCGCAUCAGACGUGCAAUACUAUGGCUGUAAGAUUCAGGCUUUACGCUCGGCGAUAGCGCCCUGGGUUGAGAAACAGGUUUCCGCGGUUGAGUUCAUAGAUAUACGUGCCCAGGCACGGCUUGACGAGCUUAACACUGUCUACCAUGAGAAGAUCGAGGACUUUCGCGCGUUGCAAGUACAUACCACUGAUCUGGUUGCGGUUGAAGGCUCGGCUCUCAUGGAGAGCUCUAAGAAAGUCGAGCUGCUGGGUGCGAAGCUUGACUACGAGCUUAAUGCGUUGCAGUUAAGGAUUGAAGAGGUGGAGGUGGGACUGAAUGAUUACGAGCGGCAUAUCGUUGGGAUCGAAAAUAGGGUUCGGGACCUAGUCAAGGAUGAAACGCAGAAGGCGAAGGAGUCAUGGUUUAGUUGGGGUAGUGGGCUCCUUGGACGCUGA